AAGGUAAGACUACCAAUACUUGGUCAACAUCAUUCGUCGCUCACGCUUCUUCCAUAGCCGAGCAUGGCCAACUGGGGUCUCAUCAUUCCCCAGCUGAACGCCACCGAAAUAGCGUACGGUGACCACUACUACCGCCGCCGUCUCCAAACACUGCAGUCCGUUGAUGAAAUGGUCGACGCCGUCAUCAAGCGUCUCGAUCAGGCCGGUGUCCUCGACAACACCUACGUCAUCUUCACGUCUGACAAUGGUUUCCACAUCGGACAGCAUCGCCUCAAGCCAGGAAAGACAUGCGCCAUUGAAGAAGACAUCAAUGUGCCCUUCUUGAUCCGUGGCCCCGGCGUGCCAAAGGGCAAGACUGUGGACUUUGUCACGACCCACACCGACAUUGCUCCUACGAUCUUCUCCUUAGCUAACAUCACCUUGCGUGAGGACUUUGAUGGAUCUCCUAUUCCCUUCUCCGAAAAUGGAAUCCAAAAGGCACAGAAUGACCCUAAGCAUGACCAUGUCAAUGUUGAGUUCUGGGGUACUCAACGCGGGUAUGACGCUUUUGGUUUAGCAUCUGCGAACAACACUUACAAGGCCAUGCGUGUCCUCGGCGACCGAUACAGCCUGUUCUACUCAGUUUGGUGCAGCAACGAGCGCGAAUUCUACGACAUGAAGAAGGACCCAGGCCAGAUGACCAACCUCGCCGGAAGCGGUUCAGGCCAGCUCCUCGAUCGUCCCUUGUCCGUCGUUCAGGACCGUCUCGAUGCCCUUUUGUUAGUCCUCAAGAGUUGCAAGGCCGAGACUUGCAGGCUUCCAUGGAGGCACAUCCAUCCGGAAGGUGGCGUCGAGAACCUCCGGGAUGCACUUGAUGCCAAGUAUGACGAGUUUUACGCCGGACAGCCCAAGAUUUCCUUUUCGGACUGCAAAGACUUUUACGACAUUGCUUCUGAGGGAGCGCAGGACACCUUGGUUUAUUACGACCCGUGAGUCUCAGUUAUGGAAUAUUUGUGACUGAGGAUGGGUGCUGAGUCAGUUUGAAGUGCGAUGUUUGACGAAGGUUCUGUGGACAAGUCAUCGCUAUCGGAAGAGCUAUAGUAUUCGAGACUUGAGAUCAACAUCCGCUGAUCGGCUUUGCACCCGAGGAGCCGUGCGGCUUAGUGCCGACAGUAUGAGUCAAAUACGAGAACAGUAGAAUGCACUCUGCGUAAGGUCGGUGGAUUGCACGAGAUUCUGAGGCCUGAUAUGACGAAUGUGAGAAAAAGGCACUUUGCCCAUGCUAAGAGCCCGGUCUCGGUCCGGUCACUUAUGCCGAUCGCCUAAGACACCGAGGUGUCUUGAAAAAAUGGGACAAAUCCGUAUACUCUCAUUGGCUCUCCGCACUUUUGCUUAAAAUGCCGAAAGCCGUCAACG